CACUGCGCAGGCACCACAGAACCGCGCCCCUCUCCCCGCCCCGCCACCGGCACGGAGAGCGCCCGCCGCCGCAUUUCCGGCGACACCUCGCUGUCAUUCCUGCGGCUUGCGCGCCCUUGUAGACGGCCGGGGCCUUCGUGAGACCGGUGCGAGUAUUUGGAGAUUAUUCUUAUUAUUUUCUGCCGCUUUUAACUUUUAGGGAUUAGUUAGGAGUUUCACGGCCGUCUGCUUUCCGUCCCCCCGAUUCAGCGGGCCUUCAGGCCGUGUGGUGCAGGCCUGGGGUAGUCUCCUGUCUGGACAGAGAAGAGAAAAAUGCAGGACACUGGCUCAGUAGUGCCUUUGCAUUGGUUUGGCUUUGGCUACGCAGCACUGGUUGCUUCUGGUGGAAUCAUUGGCUAUGCAAAAGCAGGCAGCGUGCCGUCCCUGGCUGCAGGGCUGCUCUUCGGCAGUCUAGCCAGCCUGGGUGCUUACCAGCUGUCUCAGGAUCCAAGGAAUGUUUGGGUUUUCCUAGCUACAUCUGGUACCUUGACUGGCAUUAUGGGAAUGAGAUUCUACCACUCUGGAAAAUUCAUGCCUGCAGGUUUAAUUGCAGGUGCCAGUUUGCUGAUGGUCGCCAAAGUUGGAGUUAGUAUGUUCAACAGACCCCAUUAGCAGAAGUCAUCUUCCAGCUUGGACUGAUGAAGAAUUAAAAAUCUGCAUCUUCCACUAUUUUCAAUGUAUUAAGAGAAAUAAGUGCAGCAUUUUUGCAUCUGACAUUUUACCUAAAAAAAAAAGACACCAAACUUGGCAGAGAGGUGGAAAAUCAGUCAUGAUUACAGCCCUACAGAGGUGGCGAGUGUGUAACACAAGAGCUUAAUAAGACCCUCAUAGAGAUCGAUUCUUGUAUAUUGAUGUUAUCUUUUCUUUAUGUAUCUGUAGGUAAAUCUCAAGGGUAAAAUGUUAGGUGUCAACUUUCAGGGCUCUGAAACCCCAUUCCCUGCUCUGAGGAACAGUGUGAAAAAAAUCUCUUAUGAGAUUUAGAAUAUCUGUUCUUUUGCUCAUCUUAGACCACAGACUGACUUUGAAAUUAUGUUAAGUGAAAUAUCAAUGAAAAUAAAGUUUACUAUAAAUAAUA